GUGGUCGAAGUAGGCUGGUUCAUUUUGACACAAGAGUUCUUUCAUUAGAUUUCCUCCGUCAUCUCACACGGUUCAAAAUGUUUUGCGCAUUUAUUUUCAUUUAUCUAUGGCAUUUGGUUGAUGGAGUAAAUGUAAAUACAGUGUCAGUGAUGGAGGGAGAUUCUGUCACUCUACACAAUAGAGAUGUUGACAAAAGUUAUGCACAGUGGAGUUUUGGGCCUAAAAAAACUAUUAUAAUCAUUCAAUUUAAUGGGGGGAAAUCUGAUAUUACAUAUUUUAAUGUUGAGAGAAUCAGAGACAGACUACAGAUCGACAAUCAAACUGGAUCUCUGACUAUCAGGAACAUCCAAACCACAGAUAAUGGACUUUAUGAACUACUCAUGAAGAAAGACAGGCUGUUAUUCAAUGUUACUGUCUAUGCUCCUCUGCCCAUUCCCGUUAUCACCAGUGACUCUUCAAACUGUUCAACAAAUUGUUCAUUGGUGUGUUCAGCGGUGAAUGUGAGUCAUGUGACUCUCUCCUGGUACAAAGGAAACAGUUUAUUGUCCAGCAUCAGUGUGUCUGAUCUCAGCAUCAGUCUCUCUCUACCUCUGGAGGUAGAAAAUGAGGAUGAAAACACCUACAGCUGUGUAAUCAACAACGCCAUCAGCAACCAGACUCAACAUCUGGACAUCACCCACCUCUGUCACACAUGUGCAGGCGCAGGUUCCUCAGACUCUGUCCAGUGUUGUGGUUUCACUGAAGCUGUGAUUCGAUUGGUCAUCUCUGCUGUGGUGGUUGUGGCUACUGUUGCCAUAGUGGUUUAUGACAUCAGAUCAAGAAGAGCUGAAAAAAAGCUGGUCAUGGAGAAUUCAAGAGAAUUUUACAAAUUCAAAAAAGGAAAUGAAUAGCUUAAUGAAAACAUGGAACUUUGAGUAUGCAUUUUUUUUCGUUCUGUUGUAAAUAUUUCAUAAACUAAAUAUUGAUCUUGUUUGGAGUAAAACUGAUGUUCAAAUUGUGACUGAUUUUCAAUGAAAUAGUCAAAGGUUUCACAAAAUGCUCUAAAUGAAUCGGUCUGAAUCAGAAUGAUUCACAAUCUACUGGAAAAGUCAUUGAAAUCCAUUGGUCAAAAAGAUGCUGAUGACAAAGUCUUAAUCAGCUUUUGCACAGGAAUUAGUGUUUUUUUAUAUAUAUAAAAAAAUAUAAAGAGCAUUUUGCUUUAAAGGCAACUGAAAUCUGAAGCAUGACAUUGAAUAUUAAAUAUUCUUCUUGGUGUAA